AUGGCUGAUUCUAAUCCACCCACACAGUGUGGACAUAGUUUGUGUAGCCAGCAGGCUAUUCUUGUGGUGAUCCUUUCUGUUCAUUUUCUGUUCCUACCUAGGCUGCGUGUUCUUAACUGGAGUUCCCGGAAGUCUUUGUGGGAAGAAGCUCGACCGAAGGAGAUUGCCAAUCUUUACACGAUAACGGCUCUGGCCUGGAAAAAGGACGGCUCCCGGCUGUGUGCAGGCACUCUUUGUGGAGGGGUUGAACAGUUUGAUUGCUGUUUGCGCAGGACAAUCUAUAAGAAUAAAUUUGAAAUGACGUAUGUUGGACCCAGCCAGGUGAUUGUGAAGAAUCUGUCCAGCGGGACCCGCGUGGUGCUGAAGUCUUUUUAUGGGUAUGAGUUGGAUGAAGUAAAGAUUCUUGGCAAGGAGCGAUACGUGGUGGCUCACACCUCUGACACAUUACUGCUGGGAGACCUGGAGACCAACAGCCUGAGCGAGGUGGCUUGGCAAGGAUCUGGCGGGAAUGAAAAGUUCUUCUUUGAAAAUGAGAAUGUUUGCAUGAUCUUCAAUGCGGGGGAACUGACAUUAGUGGAGUAUGGAAAUAAUGAGAUUCUAGGCACGGUGCGCACUGAAUUCAUGAACCCACAUCUUAUCAGUGUCCGUCUGAAUGAGCGCAAGCAGCCGGGAGCGCCAGAUAAUAAGAAGCUAGCUUACCUCAUUGACAUGAAGACAAUCGCUAUUGAGGAUCUCGUGGCUGGCUGUAACGUGGGUUCUGUGGUACAUGAUACAAAGAUUGAUUGGCUGGAGCUGAACGAAACUGGACGCAAGCUGCUCUUCAGAGAUAAAAAGCUACGGUUGAACCUUUUUGAUAUUGCCAGUGGGCAGAAGACCCCAAUCUUGAAUUACUGUUCCUAUGUCCAGUGGGUGCAUGGCAGCGAUGUUGUUGUGGCGCAGAACAGAAACAACCUUUGCGUCUGGUAUAACAUUGAUUCUCCGGAGAGGGUUAACAUGAACCCCAUUAAGGGUGAUGUUGUGGACGUGGAAAGAUGUGAAGGGAAGACAAAUGUCUUGGUUAUGGAUGGGGUUAACUUGGUAACCUACACGCUGGACGAGGAGCUGAUUGAGUUUGGGACAGCUAUUGAUGAUGGAGAUUAUUACAGAGCUGCUGCUUUUCUGGAGAAUUUGGAGAUGUCACCUGAAACUGAAGCCAUGUGGAAAAGUCUCAGUAAACUAGCACUGGAGGCGGAGCACAUUCAUGUGGCAGAUAGGUGCUUCUCGGCCCUUGGAGAUGUGGCGAAAGCCAAAUUCCUACGUGAGACAAAUGAGAUCGCAGAACAGGCAGCUAAGGAAUAUAGUGGGGAUGGGACAGAUUUCUACAAAGUGCGUGCUCGUCUUGCAAUGCUGGGUAAGAACUACAAACUGGCUGAGAUGAUCUUCCUGGAGCAGAACUCGGUGUUGGAAGCCAUGGAGAUGUAUCAGUCGCUGCACAUGUGGGAGGAUUCCAUUGCAGUAGCCAAAGCCAUGGGUCACCCAGAACUAGAAAACAUGAGGCGCACCUACCUGCAAUAUCUAGCAGAUAGCAAACAAGAAGAGAGAGCGGGAGAAGUGCGGGAGCUGGAGGGAGAUUACAUAAUGGCUGUUAACCUAUAUCUCCGUGCCGGACUCCCCGCUAAGGCUGCUAAACUGUGCAUGAGUCAGGAACAGCUGCUGCCUGACUCUGACCUUAUUACCAGGGUCACUGCUGCCCUUAUUAAAGGAGACUUCUACGAAAGGGCUGGGAAUUUGCUUGAGAAAGCAAAUCAUUCUCGUCGUGCGUUGGAGUGUUACUGUAGAGGCAACGCGUUUAAAAAUGCUGUCGACUUGGCACGUGUGGCCUUCCCAGCAGAGGUGGUGAAGUUAGAGGAGACAUGGGGAGAUUAUCUGGUGCAGCAGAAACAGCACGAUGCAGCCAUUAACCAUUAUAUUGAGGCUGGCUGUACGUUGAAGGCCAUCGAUGCAGCUCUGGCUGCCAGACAGUGGAAGAAAGCCAUUCACAUCCUGGAGCUUCAGGAGCCAAAGACUGCCAGCGGUUAUUACCUGAAGAUCGCUCAGCACUAUGUCUCCGUGCAGGAAUAUGAGGUGGCUGAGCAGCUGUUUAUAAAAUCUGGAAGAUCCAAAGAUGCUGUAGAUAUGUACACGCAAGCGGGCCGCUGGGAGGAGGCACACACACUGGCAUUAAAGUGUAUGGAGGUGGAUGAAGUGUCGGCACUGUAUAUCACACAGGCCAAGGAGUUGGACAAACUGGGCAAAUUUAAAGAGGCAGAAAGACUAUACAUUACUGUCGAUGAACCUGACCUCGCUAUCACUAUGUACAAGAAACAACACAUGUAUGAGGACAUGAUCCGACUGGUUGCCAAAUACCACCAGGAUCUUCUGAUUGACACACACCUGCACCUCGGCAAGGAGCUGGAAUCUGAGGGACGUCUGCGAGAGGCUGAGUAUCACUACCUGAAAGGGAAAGAUUGGAAUUCCUCUGUGAACAUGUACAGAGUGGCCGGAUUGUGGGAGGAAGCACACAGAGUGGCUAAAGAACAUGGUGGGGCCAACGCACCUAAACAAGUUGUCUAUCUCUGGGCAAAGAGCCUGGGAGGAGAUGCAGCUGUGAAGCUCCUCACCAAAUUCACUCUCCUGGAGACUGCGAUUGAUUAUGCAACUGAGAACUGUUCCUUUGACUUUGCCUUUGAGCUAGCCCGUCAGGCCAUGAAAGAGAAGAUUCCUGAAAUACACCUGAAGUAUGCCACAUUUCUCGAGGAUGAAGGCAGAUUUGCAGAGGCUGAGUCAGAGUUCGUGAAGGCUGGAAAACCGAAUGAAGCUGUACUUAUGUAUGUCCAUAACCAGGACUGGGAUGCAGCUCAGAGAGUUGCCGAGCUUCAUGACACAGAUGGUGUGGGGCACGUCCUGAAAGGCCAAGCUCAUUUUGCUUUUGAACAAAAGGAAUACCAGAAAGCUGAAGCCCUGCUUCUCCGUGCUCAGAGACCAGACAUUGCUGUGCACUAUUACAAGGAAGCUGGAAUGUGGAGCGAUGCCAUCCGUGUGUGCAAAGAGUACAUCCCAGCACAGCUUGAGCAACUGCAGCAGGAGUACGGACGGGAGGUGGCCAAGACAGGAGCCAGAGGGACAGAGGCAUUGGUAAAGCAGGCCCGUGAGUGGGAGCAGGCGGGGGAAUACGCCAGAGCUGUUGAUUGCUACUUGAAGGUUAAAGAAAUGGAGAACAUUCAGCUAAUGGAAAAAUGCUGGAUGAAGGCAGCAGAAAUAUCUAUCAAAUUCUUGACGCCAGGCAGAGGCUUGGAAGUGAUUCGUACUGUGGGCCCUCAGCUUGUUUCUGCUGGAAGACACAAUGCGGCUGCGGAACUCUAUCUCAAUAUGGAUCUCUAUAAGGAGGCGAUUGAUGCGUUUAUUGAAGGUGAAGAAUGGAACAAAGCAAAGAGGGUGGCCAAAGAGAUGGACCCUCAGUAUGCAGAAUACGUGGAUGAACGCUACAAGGACUAUCUGAAGAACCAAGGCAAAGUGGACUCGCUGGUCGGCGUUGAUGUCAUGGCCGCCCUGGAUAUGUAUGCCGAGCGAGGACAGUGGGAAAAAUGCAUUGAGACAGCAGCCAAGCAGAAUUACAGGGUUCUUCACAAGUACGUUGCUCUGUUUGCAACUCAUCUCAUCAAGGAGGGCAACUGGAAUAAAGCACUCAGCUUAUACGCACAACACGGAGCUCCGGCAAACCCACAGAAUUUCAACAUCUACAAGCGCAUCUUCUCUGAGAUGGUGAACAGUGGCAACAUGAACCGUUCGGACAUGUAUCACGUGUGGGCCGAUCUCCGGGAUACUCUGUGUAAUCUGUGUGAGAACUUGGUGAAAUCGAGCGAGGCCAAUUCCGGAGCACACCAGGAGUUUGAGCAGAUGCUGCAGAUUGCUCAUUAUUACAGCACACGAUCCGCUUCACUCAGUGUACCGCAGCUGGAGGUUUUGGCUGUCAAACUGUGUAUUUCUCUGCUCCGUCACACAGAUCUGAUUCCUGCAGACAAGUCUUUCUAUGAGGCAGGAAUGGCUGCCAAGACAAUCGGCUGGGAGAACUCAGCUUUCAUAUUUCUGAACAGAUUCUUGGAUCUUGUUGAUGCCAUAGAGGAAGGCAACCUGGACGCUUUGGAUCACUCAGAUUUCCAGGACACAGACAUCCCUUUUGAAAUUCCUUUGCCUGACAAACAACAUGUUCCGGUAGAGAAACGAGAGGAGGUUCGUGAGUGGGUCCUGGCGGUUUCUAUGGACCAGCGAGUGGAUCAGGUUCUCCCCAAGGAUGAGAGAGGAACAUAUGAAGCUGCUCUAAUUGACGUCAGUAGCGGGGUUCGCUCACUACCCUGUCUAAUUACAGGGUACCCCGUCCUCCGAAACAAAAUAGAAUUCAAACAGCCGGGAAAGGCUGCAAACAAAGAAGAUUGGAACAAGUUUCUUAUGGCUGUGAAGACCAGUCACAGCCCCGAAUGCCAAGACGUGUUAAAGUUUAUCAGUCGGUGGUGUGGUGGCCUCCCAAACACCAGCUUCUCCUUUCAGUGAAGGACUACGUCCACACCCUGUGUAUAUUUCAUGUGUAAUAAACUUGUUAUAACCUCA